CCAGGUGAUGGGGAUGAAGAUGGAGAUGGAGAAGGUGGUGGCAAUGGCUCAUUGACAGGUGAUGGGGAUAUAGAUGGAGAUAAGGAAGAAGAUGGAGUUGGAGAUAGAGGUGUGGAUGGUGUUGAAUGGGAAUGGAGAUGGAGAAGGUGGUUAUAGUGGUUUGUUGCCAGGUAAUGAGGAUGAGGAUGGUGAAGGGGAAAGAGAUGGAGAAGGUGAUGGCAGUGGCUCAUUGACAGGUGAUGCUAUAGACGGAGAUAGAGAUGGAGACGGUGGCAGCAGCAAGGAUGUAGAUGGGGAUAGAGAAGAGGAUGGAGCUGGAGAUUGA